CUGCACCAAGCUUAUAGCAACCAGGGCGCUCGCCCCAUCCUCAAUCUGCUUCGUGAAGAAGGAGUCGCCGCCGAAAGCGCGGAUCGACUUCCUGCGAUCCCUCUCCGCGACCGUCAGCCUCGCCCCAGCCUGCUUGUUCGCCUCCAUCUCCUCCAGGUACUUGGCCCGGACGGCGUACUUCUCGCCGCGCUCCUUGCGGAUGUGCCUGGACCCCAUCCGCUGCAGCACGAACCGCACCAUGGCCCGCAGCGCGACGAAGAUGUGCUCGCUGAUGAAUAUGGUGAUGGGGAGCGCCCACCACGCGCCCCCCGCAAUGCUGUUGGCGCCGAACAGGUGAACGAUGGCCCCCGUCGUGAUGCUGCCCGCCCAGGUCAGGAAGUCGAGCGAGCUGAUCCACGGGCCGAUGCCGUCGCUGCGCACGGGUGCGGGUCGCUGCUGCUCAGUGACGAUCUUGAGGAAGUCGGUGCGCAGCUCGAUGACGUUGUUGAUGAGGAAUCCGAUCGAGAUGAGGGGCCAGACGGGAGAGAAGAGGGCCAGGUAUCCAAAUUGGAUCACAACCUCGGCGAUGUCGUCCUGGACGUUGAACUCGGCUUCAAGAGGGUCGUCCUUCUCCGCCGCGGCAAUCAUGGCGUUGCCACUGUAGUGAGCAGCACGGUAGUCGCGGUACCAACCCUGGAACUUUCGCUUCGCGACAGGGAUGAUGUUUUCCUCGAAGAAGGAGGACACUUGGCCCGUCAAAGCCAGUGCGAUGACCUCGUCGCGCAGUCUGCCCGAAUCGACGUUGAAGGACUGAUGCUCGUCAAAGAAGACCCUGGGCCCCAAGGGCCCCAAGAGAGCCCUAGUCUUGAGGCUGAGCCAGGGGAUGAUCCUCUCUCCAAAGGGGACAUA